CUCGUUGCCACGGCGAUGUUCCGCCGCAGGAAGAAGAAGCACCGGCUGGAGAUCUCUGCUCCGCUGGACUUCCAGCACCGCGUCCACACGUCCUUCGACGCCGCCACGGGACAAUAUGUGGGUCUGCCGCCGCAGUGGCAGAGCGUCAUCGAAACGCUGAGGAGGCCACGCCCCCUAGUGGACCCGUCCAGGAUCACCGAGGUCCAGCUCGGACCCAAGAAGGCGAUCGUGCGCGGCAGCUUCAUCGGUCACGGUGAUUACAUCGCUCAUGUGAUCGCUGAGAUGAGCCGUCUGUCCGUCAGCGGCUCCAACUCUCUGCGCCGCAGCAGCCCGUCGGCACGGAAACGGGCGCAGUCGCUGGGCCGACUAGGAGAGCUGGCGGAGGACGAGUCGUACCAGUACAAGCAGCUCGGUCGCUACGGUGACGGGAAGACGGAGGAGAGCUCCACCUACUGGCAGGACCGGAUACGACAGGUGCGCGCAGACGGGAGCAGCCCCAACCUGAACGGAGCUCUGCCACGAGCCAAGUCCACCUGUGAGGUGGGGGCUCUGCCUUCGACCACGCCCCCCCCGCCCCAGAGGACAGGAGGACAGUACGCCCGCAGCGAGGGGGCGGGGCUUAGAGACGGGCGUGGGCACACGGGCGGGGUGAGCAGACAGAGGCCGACUUCCUGUCACUACAACCUGCAGACUGUGGAGAGCAGCAGACCUCCUCAGCUCAGACCGAAAACAGCUGCUCACCUGCUGCCAGACCUGCUGUCCUCGUCCACGCAGACUCCCAGGAGGCCGCACUCCUCCUACGACCUCAAGGUGAGCUGCCCCCCCUCCCUGCUGCCCCCCCCAAACAGCACCAGCACCCCCCUCACAGGUAGAGGCUUACCUCAGCGCUCGCUCCGCCCCUCCUCCAGCUUCAACAUCGGACUUUCUCCCAAACCCCCGGCGACCCCGCCCCGCCCCUCCCCCACCGGCUCCCCCAGACAGACACCCCCCUCGCCCCAGCCCCCCACACACAAGCCCCCCGACGGCCCCCAGAAGAUCAGCCACCAGCAGUUCAAGGCGGCGCUGCAGAUGGUGGUGGACCCGGGAGACCCGAGGGCCACGCUGGAGAACUUUGUGAAGAUCGGCGAGGGCUCGACGGGCGUAGUGUGCAUCGCCCGAGAGAAGCUGAGCGGGAGGCAGGUGGCGGUGAAGAUGAUGGACGUGAAGAAGCAACAACGACGAGAGCUGCUCUUCAACGAGGUGGUGAUCAUGAGGGACUACCGGCACCAGAACGUGGUCCAGAUGUUCCGCAGCGCUCUGGUGGAGGACGAGCUCUGGGUCAUCAUGGAGUACCUGCAGGGCGGCGCUCUAACCAACAUCGUUAGUGAGACCAGGCUGAAUGAACAGCAGAUAGCGACGGUGUGUGAAGGCGUCCUGCAGGCGUUAUCGUAUCUUCACUCUCAGGGCGUUAUCCACCGAGACGUCAAGAGCGACUCCAUCCUGCUGACCCUGGACGGGAGGAUCAAACUGUCAGACUUUGGUUUCUGCGCUCAGAUCAGUAAAGACGUCCCGAAGAGGAAGUCUCUGGUGGGAACGCCGUACUGGAUGGCUCCUGAAGUCAUCUCCAAAACGGCGUACGGCACCGAGGUGGACGUCUGGUCUCUGGGCAUCAUGGUGGUGGAGAUGGUUGACGGGGAGCCGCCGUAUUUCAGCGACACGCCGAUCACCGCCAUGAAGAAGCUGAGAGACGAUCCGGCGCCGAGUGUGAAGAACCAGAGGGUGUCUCCGGUCCUGAAGGACUUCCUGGGCUGCAUGCUGACUCGUGACACCCAGCAGCGCUGCAGCGCCGCAGACCUGCUGCAGCACCCGUUCCUGCUGCAGGCCGACUCGCCGCGCUGCCUCGUACCGCUGGUGGAGCAACACCGCAAACGCAUGUCGCUCUGCUGA